UAGCGUAGCGUCUAGUUGUGAACCAUUUUUUGAACGAAGUGCACGUAAUUUUAUCAUUACAAAAUGGCCGACGAACCCAUUGACAAUGAUUUAUUGAUCUCACUAGUGGAGUUGAGGCCCGUUUUGUGGGACAGAACUGACGAGCUAUACAAAAACCGCGAUGCGACUCGGGCGGCUUGGAAAGAGAUAUUGAAGAAAUUGUAUCCCAACUUCAAAACAAAAGAUGAAAAUAAGAGACAAAUGUAUGAAAUCGCUCAAGUUUCAUCACAGAAAAGUAAAACUGACCCACGGCGUAGGAAGAAGAGACAAAGUCACGGCUAUGACUUUAUUAUUGUGGGAGCUGGUUCGGCUGGUUGCGUCGUUGCUAAUCGCCUAUCAGAAAUAAAAUCAUGGAGGAUACUUCUAAUCGAAGCCGGUCCAGAGGAGCCAGAUGUUACAAGCGUGCCCGCCUUACCUCCCGCACUGCGAUGGUCGAGCAUCGAUUGGAACUACCAGACUCAACCUGAGAAGCUAACAUGCAGAGGGUAUGUUGGAGGCAGAUGUCAUUGGGCAAGAGGCAAAACUAUGGGAGGUAGUAGUGCUACUAACUACUUAAUAUACAUAAGAGGAAAUCGACUUGACUACGAUAAUUGGGCUGCUUUGGGGAACCCUGGAUGGAGCUACAAAGAGGUACUACCAUACUUCAGGAAGUCCGAAAAUAACAGAAAUAUUGAAGGAAAAGACACAUAUUAUCAUGGAGUAGGUGGACCUUUGUAUGUCGAAAGGUUUCCUUACACAGAUGCGAAUGCAAUUAUGUUGGUGGAAGCUUUCAAUGAAACAGGAUUACCAAUAGUUGAUUUAAAUGCAGAAAAUAAUAUUGGCACGGAAUUGGGUCAAUCUACUUCAUUCAACGGUCGCAGAUGGUCAACAAAUAUGGCUUAUAUUAGACCCAUACGUGACGUCCGCCCAAAUAUUGAUAUUAUGGUAAAUGCAUAUGUUACAAAGGUAAUUAUUGAUCCAAAGACAAAAGUAGCGCAAGGAGUAACCUACGUCAGAAAUGGCGUAUAUCGAGAUGUAUAUGCUAGAAAAGAAGUCAUAGUAAGUGCGGGAUCAAUAAAUUCACCAAAAUUACUCAUGUUAUCUGGUAUCGGUCCUAAGCGUCAUUUGAGAAAUCUGAACAUACCAGUUUUAUCUGAUUUACAAGUGGGACAGAAUUUACAAGAUCAUGCAACUUCAGAUGGACUUAUUAUUGCUCUAUCUAAUAAAACUUCGACGCAAGUGAGUGGACCUGAGCUGCUAAACCAAAUCACAAAGUACUAUGAGCAACCUCUCGAUCAGAAAAGUGGUCCACUGUCAUCUACUUCCACUUUAAAUGGUAUUGGAUACAUUAAAACGAAAUAUGCGCGUGAGAAUGCUCCAGAUAUCCAAAUGCUUUUCGAUGGCCAACAUUUUGAAGAUUUAUAUGCAGAUCCACAAACUUAUGCACAACUGCCCGUAUUUCCUUUAGCCUUCUUUAAUAGUUUUGCAGCUAGACCGUUUUUACUGACACCGAGAAGUAGAGGGCAAAUAUUAUUAAAUAGAACAGAUCCAGUAUUUGGGCAACCUUUAAUAUAUCCGGGAUUUUUCACCGUUAAGGAAGAUGUGGAUGUAUUGGUCGAAGGAAUGCGAUAUGUUGUCACAUUAGAGCAAACAGAAGCUUUUAAGAAAAAUGGUGCAUACUUUGUUAGAAGACCGAUUAGAGGUUGUGAAAAGUAUGAUUGGGGGACUUAUAAAUAUUUUUUUUGUUUACUAGUACAAUAUACAUCUACUAUUUACCAUCCUGUAGGGACGUGUAAAAUGGGACCAUCUGAGGAUAAAACCGCAGUUAUUGAUGCCAGACUGCGUGUGUAUGACAUAAAAGGUCUGAGAGUUAUUGAUGGUUCUAUUAUGCCACAAAUAGUUAGAGGAAAUACAAAUGCACCAAUAAUAAUGAUUGGUGAAAAAGCCUCAGAUAUGAUCAAAGAAGAUUAUAAGGUAUCAAAUAAUAAUAAUAAUUAAUGUUACUAUUAUUUUAUAAAAUAAUGACCUUCAUAUUUUAUAGUAACUUGUUUAUAAAACGGUUAGGAAUUUAGCUAAGAAUUUAUGCAUUUAAUUUACUAAAAGAUGUAUUUAAAAAUAAGUUUUAUUAAUGAAAUUUCCGCAUUAGAAUAUAUAUUAUUUCAUAAAUACGAGCAAGUUUCGAACAAUAGCGAAACAAUAUCCGGGCUCGCACAUCUAGCAUUAAGAUGCUUGAAAUUAGGCCACUUGUACCAACCUGUUAAAUAAUAAGUUUAAGAAAUUAUAUUUCUAUCCUUUUAGUCAAACCUGAAAAAAAAACUGUAAAAUCAUCUAAAAGAGACAGCAUUAUUUAAUUUUCAAUGCAAUUAUUCUGUAAAAUGUGUAUUAUUUUAUCACCUUAUCAAUUAUAAUUAUGUCGUUAUUGUUAACAAUAUAAGCCGAAAGGAUUACGCAGUAUGGAUGAAUUCGUAGAAAUAUUAUAAAGGACUAAAAUAUCAGCAUGUUUUCAAUUGGAAUUCAAUAUCGCCAAUUGAACAAAUGAUAAUCAUGAACAAAGUAUCACUCCAUCAAUCUAUUGGAAAACGCUAUAAUGUACUGUAAUUACUAGAACUACUUUAUUAUCCGUCGU